UCGUCAGAAAGGACAUUUAGAGGUGUUGUUAGCGUGUGAGCUAGUGCUAACUAGCUGCUUUCAGGCGGCUACGAAAUGGCAGCGCAUCUAAAAAAACGAGUGUACGAGGAAUUCUCUAAAGUUGUUCAGCUUCCUCCAGAGGAGGUUCCGGCCAAGAAGCUCCGUCUGUCUAAACCCAGCAAAUCAGCGGCGCUGCACAUUGACUUAUGCAAGGCCACCAACUCCACUGAUGCCCUGCAGUACCUACUCCAGUUCGCCCGCAAGCCCGUGGAGGUGGAGAGCGUAGAAGGGGUUGUCCGGAUCCUGUUGGAGCAUUAUUACAAGGAGACAGACCAUUCAGUGAGGCUGAAGAUCGCCUCUCUGCUGGGCCUUCUGUCCAAGACCCAGGGCUUCAGUCCUGACAGCAUCGUGGACGAUGCCAUCGGCACUCUCAACAGCGAGAAAUCUCACCAGGUGCUGGCCCAGCUGCUGGACACUCUGCUGGUGAUCGGCACCCAGCUACCAGACAACCCCGCGGUCCGACAGAGACUCAUCGAGGUGGCCUGCAAGCACCUGUCAGAUACCUACUUUGGGGUGAGGAACAAGUGCUUACAGCUCCUGGGCUGUCUGGGUACCGUGGACACGCCUCUAACCAAAGAUGGAGAGGGAUUAUCCACAGCAGUUCCGGGUACGUCUGGGGGAGUGUGUGCCAGGGAUGUCCAGAGUAUCAUCAGCGACUACUUUGGAGACCAGGAUCCUCGAGUGCGCACAGCAGCCAUCAAGGCCAUGUUGCAGCUCCAUGAGAGAGGGAUGAAGAUCCAGCAGAACAUCUAUGAACAUGCCUGUAGGCUGCUGUGUGAUGACUUUGAGCAGGUGCGUUCGGCAGCUGUCCAGAUGGUGUGGGUUCUGAGCCAGCUGUACCCGGAGAGCAUCGUUCCCAUCCCCUCAUCCAAUGAGGAGAUCAGGCUGGUGGAUGACUCGUUUGGGAAGAUCAGUCACAUGGUCAGCGACGGCUCCUGGGUGGUCAGAGUGCAAGCGGCCAAGACACUGGGGUCCAUGCUGCAGGUGAGCCCCCACUUCCUGGAGCAGACUCUGGACAAGAAGCUGAUGUCAGACCUCAGGAGGAAGCGCACGGCCCACGAGAGAGCCAAGGAGCUGUACGCGUCCGGCGAGUUCUCCUCCGGCAGGAAGUGGGCGGACGACGCCCCCAAGGAGAAGGUGGACACCAACGCCGUCAACCUCAUCGCCUCGGGGGCCUGCGGGGCCUUCGUGCACGGCCUGGAGGACGAGAUGUACGAGGUGCGUAUAUCAGCAGUGGAGGCUCUGUGUGCCCUGGCCCAGUCAUCGGCCGGCUUCGCUGAGAAGUGCCUGGACUUCCUGGUGGACAUGUUCAACGACGAGAUCGAAGAGGUGCGUCUGCAGUCCAUCCACGUGCUGCGGCAGAUCUCCACCAACAUCACCCUGAGAGAAGACCAGUUGGACACCGUGCUGGCCGUGCUGGAGGACUCGUCCCGGGACAUCCGGGAGGCGCUCCACGAGCUGCUGUGCUACACCAACGUGUCCACCAAGGAGUGCAUCCAGAUGGCCCUGCUGGAGCUGCUCAAGAACCUCACCAAGUACCCCACAGACCGCAACUCUGUGUGGAAGUGUCUGAAGUUCCUGGGUUGUCGUCAUCCGAACCUGGUUCUGCCCCUGGUUCCUGAGCUCCUGAGCACACACCCUUACUUUGACACGCCAGAGCCCGAUAUGGACGACCCAGCCUACAUAGCUGUGCUGGUGUUGGUGUUCAACGCUGCUACAUCUUGCCCCACCAUGUCAGCCCUGUUCUCUGACCACACCUUCAGACACUACGCCUACCUCCGAGACAGCCUGUCUCACCUGGUGCCCCCUCUCAGGUUGCCGGGCAGAAAGCAGAUGUUUGGGCUGGAGGGUGCAGCGGCGGCCUCUGGUUCGGGCAGCGUGGAGGCGGCAGAGCAGUUCCUGCAGCAGAGCCUGAGCCGGGUCAGCACCAUCCACAACCUGGAGACGCCAGGAGCCCAGGACCUCCUGGACCUCACCAUCAGAGACCUGCUGAGGCUGGGGGAGCUGCAGACGGAGCUGGCUGGGGUGGCACACUUCUGUGCCACCUACCUGCGCUGCCAGCUGCUUCUCAUGAAGGCCCUGCAGGAGAAGCUGUGGAACAUGGCUGUCCCUCUCUGCCUCAAACAGAACGCCAUGGCAACCGCUGCCACUCGACAGAUCCUGGAGGAGACCUAUAAGCUGGAGUUCCUGUAUAGCGGGCUGGAGAACAGACUGGUUGCCACCAUCCACCACGUACGCCUGCAGGCUAAGGCCCUCCAGCUAGUCCUCACUGCAAGGACCAAGCGUGGGGUGGAACCCCUCAUCGGCCUCUGUGAGAAGUUCCUACAGGAGGUGGAGACCUUCCAGAGGUUGUUUGUCUCCGAGCUGCCCCACUUCCAGGACACGUUCGUGGAGAAGCUGUUGGAAUUGAUGCCCAGGCUCACGGCCUGCAAGCCGGUGGAGCUCGUCAAGAUCCUGCAGACCACGCUGAGGCAGAGUAGCCUGCUACACCUCAAACUGCCAAAACAGGUUCAGAGGGCGACCGCCACCAUCAUCGAGCCAACGGGCGAGUCAGACAACCCUCUGAAGUUCACCACUGGCCUGGUGGUGGCGCUGGACAUCGACGCCACUCUAGAGCACGUCCAGGACCCUCAGACUACCGUCAAAGUGCAGGUGCUGUAUCCGGAUGGACAGUCCCAUGUGAUUCACCCCAAACCAGGAGACUUUAGAAACCCUGGGCCGGGUCGACACCGCCUCAUCACCCAAGUCUACCUCUCGCACACCGCAUGGACGGAGCCUUGUCAGGUCGAGGUGAGACUGCUCCUGGCUUACAGCUCCAGUUCCGGACGUCUCUCCUCCUCCUCCUCUUUCAAGCCCGGAUGGAGCGACAGCACAGAGGGCCUCCCGACCGCAGAAGGCGCCACCGAGGGGACCAUCCCCUUCAGCAAGGCCGUCAAGGUCUUCAUCAUGCCCAAACCGGCACGCCGCUAGCCCCAGCAGCCUGCUCUUGUCUACCCUGAUAUCCCAGACACUGCAGAGUCAUGAUCUGGCCACAAAGGAACCUCCAAGCUGGAGUCUGGAGAGGUGGGAGGAGAAGAGCUGACAGCCUUCCUACAGUGAAUGAGAUGAUCCUGUCUGGAGCUGUGUACAGUGUGAGGGGUUUUAGAGGCUAGUUCUUGCCCUGCUCUAUGACUUUCUGAUCGAAAUACAACUCAAGCAAGUCCCUUGGAGACAAAGCCACAGUUUGUAUGGAGCACUGACAGGUUGACAGUUAAGGACUGUGUUUGCUUCCCCACCAGUUGUCUGAGACAAAUAAUGAAUGGGACUUCUUGUUCCAUAAUGACUCACUCAAUUGUAAUGUAAUAAAACAAGCUUAUGCAACACAGUCCACAACAUCAAUGAGACUGAUUAGUAGUAUAAAAGUGUUUGGUAUUAUUCAGGAUUACAUUUGUUUCUUACAGCAGAGGAUUUUGACACACUGGUUUCAUAUACUCCUUUGUUACAAUUGCAAGAACAUAUUUGUAGGUUAAAGAUGUUGCCAAAAUAUAAGACUUUUAUUUGGAGUGCAAAUGAACUGCAAAGGUGCAUUAUUAAUUGUCAAUUUUUCUGGUUUUAAAUGUACUUGGCUUCACACACCAUAAUAAAAGGUUGUACAACACAAAUGUCA